AUGGGGAAGCAGAACAAAUCAAGAAAACCAGAAUUGGUAGGUAAAGGCAAGGUAACGCCGGUUCAGGUUGCAUUCAUCGUGGAUCGUUAUCUUUCGGACAACAAGUACAUAACUACUCGCUCCACUUUUCGAUCCGAAGCAUCCCAUUUGAUUGCCAAAUCUCCAGUUCAAGAAGCGCCGAAGAGUUUGUUGAGUUUGGGUGCAAUACUGGAUGAAUACAUAACGUUGAAGGAGCAGAAAGUGUUAUUGGAUCAAGAAAGGUGCCGUUUGGAGCAGGAGAAAUUGAAGCUUCAGAAAUUGCUAACAGGCAUGCAGGAUGUCAUGAAUGCUUAUAAUGCUAGCGGAAAUAAUGUUGUUACUCCUCCGCUGCCCCUGCCGCUGCCGACAGCUGUGGCAUCUCAGAAAAUGGUACAAUCGAGGGCUAUAAUUUCGCCGUCUGACCCCGCACUUAUGACGCCGGCAGGUUGUUAUCCCAUGUACAAUAAUUCAGUUACGAUGUCUACAUCUGGGCCUUCUAACUCUCAAACAGAUCCAAAAAUUUUCUCUACCCCGAUUACAAAUCAGCCCAGUGGUAAAAGGAAAAAAUGCAAAGAUGUUUCAGAUGCUUUAGUGACUGCUAAGAGAUGUAGCAGGCGAAUACAAACCAAAGAUUCAAACACACCUCCCCAACUAAGCAAUGCAGAAGCGAAACAAGAAAGUUCCUCAAAAGGUUCUGCAGUUCAGUUGUCUGCUGAUGACAAUGCACCCGGUGGUUCGCUAGCUCAAGGAUCUAAUGUUGUCAAGUGUUUGUUCAAUCAGAAUAUUACAUCCUCUCCAGCUAAUUCCUCUGUUCCUAAAACACCUACACGGGCAUCUUCCUCUGAAACUGACAAAUCAAUUUCUCCGUUGGUUACUGUUACUCCCUGUGAAGACAUUACUCCUCAACAAAUCACAUCCACUGACUGCACCAUAGUCUCUUCGGAGACAAUUCUAGUAAGCCCUGCCAAACAAAUAGCCUACUAUAGAAUAGAGAAAAAUCGCUGCAUUUCAACUUCCUCACCAGUUAAGACAAACUUGACAAGGUCUAACAAGGACCAUGCGAAAGGAAGGCUAGAUUUUGGUUCUUCCAAUAUGCCAAUAAUUGCAGAGAACCAAACACCUGAUGGUACCACAACAUCUGAAUCUGACAGGGAAGGAGAUAUCCUUGACUUGGAUUUUCCGAAUUUGGAUGCUUUGGGUUUAGACUUUAAUCUUUCUGAACUUCUGGUUGACUUUGAUCUUAGUGGUGAAGGACUUGAUUUUUCUUCACAGCAAGCAACCAGUUAUACUCCAGAUUCCUCUACGGGAUCGCCUCAUACAUCAGGAUAUCAAGUUAUGUCACACUUUUUGUCAUCUACAAAGGGAAUUCUUCCAGAGGACUCAAAUUUAUUAGAGGGUCCAGAUUCUGUUACCACUCUGAAAUCUAUCACUAAACGUAUCAAGAUCUCAAGUCCUGCUAAAAAACAGAGCUCUUUGGAUCAGGAUAUUUUGUCGGCCUGA